CUUCCCGGCCUUCCCUUGUUCUAUAAAUCAACCCUUUCUCGACCUCAAAAAUCUCUUCCUCCUCUCCUCUCUAGUCUCUCUUUAAUUUUGAUCUCUCUAUUUUCUUGCUACCCAUCUUUUUUAUAUUUUUUAAAUUUGUAAAUUUUAGAAUAUAAUCUUUUUGCUAUAGAUCUGUACUGAUGCUGCAGAUUUGGAACUUGAUGUUUACGAUAUAUGUCACCUGUUAUCAGUGAAAUCCUCUGUAUCGGGUUUAUGAUAAAUACAUAUCUGCGACAUCUUGUUCAAUCUUUCUCCGUCUGUUUUCUCUACUGGUUCUAUGAUUUCUCAUAAAUAAAUACCAUCGAAAACUACAUCUAUAUCUACAUAUCUAAAUUUACAUCUUAUAAAUAUAUAUUGCAUGGCUUCUUUGAGUGGAAACUCGUCCGGGUCAACCCAGAUUCAGAACUCAGGUUCUGAAGGAGACAAGAUGGAUGAGAGGAAGAGAAAGAGAAUGCAAUCAAAUCGCGAGUCGGCCCGGCGAUCCCGGCUGAGAAAACAGCAACUUCUAGAUGAGCUGAGUGGGCAAGUGAGUCAACUGAAGAAAGAAAAUGAACGGAUUCUUACAAAAGCCAACAUCACCACACAACACUUCAUGAAUCUUGAAUCUGAGAAUCUCAUCUUGAGGGCCCAGAUGGAUGAGCUGAGCCAAAGGCUUGAAUCACUUAAUGAUAUAGUCAAAUACAUGAACAUGAACAUGAACAUUGUGAACACAAAUAUUAAUAACAAUAAUGCUUAUAAUAAUAGCGGUGAGAUGUUGGAGUGUGACAAUGUGUUUGGGACUGAAAGUUUUAUGAACCCGUGGUACCUUAAUCAACAACCGAUCAUGGCUUCGGUAGAUAUGUUUCAUCAUUAAGAAGUUGUGUUAAGGAUUAGUUUCAUGUUUCAUUAGGUUGAUUAAGGUUGAAGCAAUGAGGUUGAGUUGUCUGUUCAGGCAUAACAUAAUUAGUGAAUAAACAAGUUGUGGGGGCCGAUCUGUUGGAAUGUAUGUAUGGCUGUAUAUGCAAGUGGCCUCUGCCCUCUGUGCUUUCAUAUAUUAGAACUGUAUUAUUAGCCUUGCAUUAUUGAUCUGUCGAGUUUCAUUUUACAAUAGUAGUUUCUUUAGUGUGUUUGUUGCAGUGUCUUGCGGUGAAUUUUGAUAAGGAUUACAGAAAAUAGGGAUGAUGAAUUUUUCCAAUAAACUUAUGAUGGUGAUUUAAUUGACGUUGUUAUAAUUUAUUAUUUCUUUCGAAUAUUAUUCCACUUAUUUAUAGUAAGUUUA